ACAUGCAUCACAAGCAACCGUUGGAAAUGUUUGGCUUUCGUUGUUAAAUGAAAAAAUCUUUAACAACACACGUUAGAUUUUAUAGUUUAUCCAAUUAGUUAGUUUUAUAUUUUAAUUGCACCAGCAGAAUCUGAACAAGGCAUUCGCGCGACGACUGUUUUCAAGUGUAACUGCUCCGAUGGGACAUAAUUUCUUAUUUAUUUCAAUAUGCUUGUUAAAGGUCGGCCUAUUUCCUGUGGUCUCCGGGUCCAAUGGCGAUCUAUCUUCAUUUCAACUUCUCGCCCGCCUCUCUUUCCCAACUGUGGAAACUAAGCCGUACAACAUGCCGAGCUCGAAGGAGAUCGACCCUCGGCACAGCUACGCGGACGAAAAGUUCGAGAAACUUCAACAGUACUAUAGUUACAUGAAUGGCAGGAUGAAGGAACCCCAUAACCCGACAGAACGGCGAGAGAUAUUGGAGAACUCGCAGCAGAAGUUAUUUGACUUCAUAGACACACACAUCAAAGACCUGAAGCGAUUGUUGUUCGCGACCGACAUGGCACUCAUGUCUAUGGUCCUCCUGAAGUUAAACAAGAAGAUGGACACUUCAGAAGCCAAGAUCAAAGCCACUCAGGCGAAGAUUCCUUUUGGAUUAUAUACCAGCCCUGAAUUUAAGUGUCUAGACACUUCAUACUACAUCGCAUCAGCCCACAAUCAAGAAGACGUUCAAAUGAUUCUCUCGAGCGAGAGGAAGCCACACUGUUAUACUUUCAGAGGUGCUUUCGCGUUCAGUGGAUUUUACCAUCGCCACUCGGAAACCACGUACGUGGGCCCGCACGCGGAACAGUUCCAAGCGAAGGACCCCAGCCAGGGCCUGUACUGCCACUCCGACGACAACUGGAGCGAUGCGCAAUGCAUUUACAAGAUCAACCCGCGCGAGGAGUUCCCGGAGUCAGUGGAGUACGAGCCGAAGAUCUCCUACUGGUGCGGCCCGUACCGGUACUUUGUGCCCGCUACUACCGACGUGCGCUGCAUCUUCUCCAUCUUCGCCAUGAACUUCGUCUUCCGCUUCGGAUAUGACGGCGUCACUUAUAAGAGCUCUGAUCUGUCAUUUAUUUAUCAGAACGGGCAGGUGUUCUACACAGACGAGCCGUGGGCGGGCAUGUCCUGCUGGAACUGGGCGUGCAAAUGGCGCCACAACCAGAACAUGCGCUCCAACGAGUUUUUCGUCAACUGAAUCGAGCCUCUGACAAUAAACUCGUGCAAACUA